AUGUACGACGAUGCAGAAUUGGAUACGACUUUCUCCGAAAGAGCUUGUCAGAUAUGGGUGCAUCCAACGGCACACAGCUCGGGAUCGAGUACCUUGCGGCCACGGCUCAAGAGAGUACGAGAUGGUAGACGCGAGGCUUUGGCAUUGGUUCUAACAGAAGAGCUUGAGAAGAAGAUUCAGACCGCUCUUGCAUUAGGUCGUGGUCACAUUCAUGCGGUACAGGACGUCAAAAGAUGGAAGCACGAAACGCGCUUGAAGCAAGCCGAUAACAAAGGUUCUUUGGAGUCGUUCACUCAUCGCUUUAACGCCAAGUGCGCAGAAAUACAGCCAAACAAAGAGCCGACCGAGUUCCAAAAGAAGACUUUGAAGAUGUUAGCCCAAAGUGUCGAGCGAACGAAAGCCAACCAAGAUAUCAUGGAUGAAACGAUAGCGAACUACGAUAGGGAUCUUGCGCGCGGUUUGAACAGGUGGCGGAAGGCUUGGGCCGACAUAGACAAGAUUCUAGCCAAAGUGUGGACAGAUGCAGGGCGGCUAGUACCCGACGACGAUUCAGAUGCGGACAACGAAAGGCCACCUAGAGCGACUGAGUCAAAGAACGAAGCCGGAAGAAACGGAGGCCGGGCGAAUAUACCUGGCGACAACUUGCCGUUAGCUGCACCGGUGGUAGAGCCCGCUCGACAAAGGCAGGCGGGAAGACGAAGAAGCGAUAUCUCGGAAUGGCAGAACAGUGUCGAAGCCCAAAGCCCCACGAACCUCGACAAGGGGAAAGGUGCAAGCAGACUAUUAGACGCACCAAUAACGCUGGAGACCGUCCGACAUCUCCGAGCUCGUCCCAAUACUCUGGUGAGCAUCCGCGAAGAAUGUAUCGGGCAUAUCCGUCGCGCCCGCCGCCGCCGCCGCCGCCGCCUCCCCCACCACCACGCCAUGGCAACGAUGUCUCCAUGCCCCGCCAUGCGCGACAACAAGCGCAUGAUCAUGACGCGCAUCGCGAACGACGGAACCGAAGUCGAUCAAGCAGUCCAGGACGAGAACGAGGUACAUCUAGAGACACACCAGAAUAUCGGGAACGUAGUCACCGCGAAAGUCAGCAGCAUAGGACUCACGAUGAAAGCGCCCGGAGGAUAA